AUGGAUCUGAGAUUAGAGUCUGUGACUGUUCACAACUUCAAGAGUUACAGAGGAACGCACGUAGUGGAUGGGUUAGACCCUGGAUUUACAGCGAUAAUUGGGCCAAAUGGAUCAGGUAAGAGUAACAUCAUUGAUGGAAUCCUGUUUGUGCUUGGAUUUCGUGCAAAGAAGAUGCGACAUUCGUCUUUAAGGGAGCUGAUAUACAAUGGAGAGCACAGGGAGGAUAUGUGCUAUGUGGAGCUGAAGUUCAACAAGUUUACGAUCAGAAGAGAAGCUUACCAGUCGCGGAAGUCGAGAUACCUUGUUGAUGGCGACGAAAGGAGCACUGCGGAAGUUGCAGGGCUGUUGAGCAGCGAGGGUGUGGACAUGGAGCAUAAUAGGUUUCUGAUACUGCAGGGGGAGAUUGAAAGUAUUGCAAUGAUGAAGCCAGUUAAUGAAGGACUGCUUGAGUACAUGGAGGAUGUAAUUGGAACAAGUAAAUACAAGGCUGAUAUUAAGGAAGGCGAGGAAGAAAUGAAGAAGUGUAUAAAUGAGUACGAAGGAAAAGCGGCGAUGUUAAGUUUUUAUAUGAAGGAAUAUGAGCAUGUUGAGAGAAGAAAACAGGAGGGGAUGAGAGCUGUUGAGGAGAGACUGAAAUAUCUAAGUCACAGCAGAGAUUUGCACAUGCUAAAUGCAGAGGUAGGACGAAGAAGAAUCCAUAGGCUACAGAUAGAGAGAGAAGAAGUACAGAGUGCAAUUGAGCAACUGAUAGCCAGAAUUGAAGAAAAUAAACAUGUGUUGAGCAAUAUGGAUAAGGAUACAGUAAAUGCAAGCAGAAAGACACGUGAUGUAGAGUGCAAAUAUGUAGAGAUACGAAGGGUAUAUCGGAAGGAGGAAAGAGAGAAUAGAAUGAUUGAAGAUGAAAUGAAGAUGCUACAGAAGCGGAUUGUUGAGUUGAACAACCAGAUUGAGGAAGCGAAGAAGAUGGAUGCGAUUAGACAAAUAAAAGAAGCAGAGUACAAAGUAGAGAUGAAGAACAACGAAAUGGAGAUCAAGAGUAGUGGAAAAGAAGCGAGUUUGAUUAGGAAGGAGAUUCAAGAAGAGCAACGCAAUGCAGAGAUGAAGUCCAAAGAAAAGAUUGAAAAAAUAAAAGAAGCAGAAGCAAGCCUAAUGCAGGCACUGAAGAAAAAAGAGGAAGUAUGUAAAGUUUUUAGAAGAUAUGAGGAACGAAUGGAACAGUUAGGAUAUCGCAAGCGUGACUUUGAGAAGAAAAUCAACGACAUUGAUGUAAAGAUGGAGAAGAUUGAGGGAUGCAAAGUGAGUGGAAACAAAGAUGAAUCACAAGUGAAGACAGAGAUAGAAGAAGUGGAAAGGGAUAUUGAGAAGACACGAAGAGAGAUUGGAAAGAGGAUGCAGAGAGCAUCUGAAUAUAAGGAGAAUAUGGAAAGUGAAAGCAAAGAAAAGGAGAUUUUUGAAAAGGUCAAGAAUAUUCCUGGGGUGCAUGGGAGGCUUCGUGAUAUUGGAGGGGUUGAUGCAAAGUAUGCUAAGGCGCUAUUUGCAGCAGGCAAGGGGCUUGGAGGGAUUGUUGUCGACAACACAAGCACUGCAGAGAGAUGUGUAGCGGAGAUAAAGAGAUUAGGUGUUGGAAGAGGGAUGUUUAUGAUUGUUGAUAGGAUGGGAGAGAUGCCAGUGCUUAGAGAUGAAGGAGUUUUAUACAUGUGUUCACUUGUUGAAUGUAAGGAAGAGUUUAAGAAAUGUUUUUACUUUGUGUUGAAGGAUACUGUUGUUUGUGAUGAUCUUGAGGCAGCAGAGCGUAUUGCAUUUGGAAGACAACGGCGAAGGGUUGUUACACUUGAUGGGAAGUUGAUUGAGAAGAGUGGAGUGAUGAGUGGAGGAAAGCGAGGAGGAAAAGCAAAAGAGACCGGAGAUAUUGAGCAGGCAUAUGAGAAGAUGAAUGAAUUGAGGAACAAAUUGAUUAAAGAGUUAUGCGCGAUUAAGAAUGCCAAGGAACGGGAAAUGCUUGAAAGACAGCGUAAGAAGUAUGUUACAGAGAAUGAGAUUGUGUGUAGAGAAAUGAGGAGUGUUGGUGGAGUUGAUGAAAAAAAGGAAGUGGAGCUUGUUAAUUCUGAAUUAGAAGACAUUAAGAAAAAGAUCUGUGUGUUGAGGAAAGAGGUUGAAGGGUUAAUACCUGACUAUGUAGUGAAGAAUAAAGAACGGUUGACUCAGUUGAAUGCAAAGAUUGAGGGGUAUGAAAGAAGGAAUGUUGAACUGAAGAUGUGGAUGUCUGAGAUAGAACAAGGAAAUGUUAUAGAUAAGGAAGAAGAGAUGAGAAAGAUUAACAAGCGGAUGAGCGAGAUAAGGCUGAAGGAUGUAUCUGAGAUCAAAAGUGAGAUGCAGAGGAGCCAAAAUGAGUACAAUCGCAAUGUUGCAGAGCAGAGAAGACUAGAAGAACAGAUGAAUGCAUUGCGUAUGGAGAUGAAGAAUGGAUAUGACAGUGAGAUUAAGCUGAAGAAUAGGAUGGAGGAUAUAGCAGAUGGAAUUGAAGAUAGUUUAAAGCAGGUGAAUGAAGGAGAAAAGCAUGCAAUUAAGAUCUGUUCUGAAAUGAAGGUUUAUGGAGAUGUGAUUGGCAGCAUUGCAGAGCCAUUGAGUGGUUUAGAUAUGAUAGAUGAUGAGAGUGUAGAAAGGAUGAGGAAGAAGCUGGGAGGAGUGGUUGCGAAGAUGAAUGGAGUUGUAAUGAGCGAGAUAGAUUGCGAGGUGCUUAAGGAGUAUGAGAGUGUUAGGAAUGAGUAUGUGAAAGCAAGAGAUGAGUGUGAAGGAAUGAAGAAGAAGAUGGAAGGAAUAAGAAGUAGGAUUGAAGGGAUGAAGAAGAGGAGACUAGAUGAGUUUCUUGAUGGGUUGAGACAGAUAUCUAAGAGCUUGAAGGAGAUAUAUAAGGAAAUAACGUAUGGAGGAAAUGCGGAGCUAGAGUUGGUUGAUCAUCUUGAUCCGUUUAGUGAAGGAGUUGUGCUGAGUGUCAUGCCACCGAAGAAGAGUUGGAAGAGCGUUAGCAAGCUUAGUGGAGGAGAGAAGACGCUUAGUAGUCUUGCACUGAUUUUUGCGUUGCACAGAUACAAGCCAUCCCCGUUCUAUGUGAUGGAUGAGAUUGAUGCAGCACUUGAUUAUAGGAAUGUGAGUGUGGUUUCGAACUACAUAAAGGAGAUGUCUGCGACUGCACAGUUUGUAGUGAUAAGCCUGAGGAGUGAUAUGUUUGAGCUUAGCAAUACGCUAGUGGGUGUGUAUAAGACAGAGAAUGUGUCUAAGUUUUUGGUUGUUGAUGUUGGGAAGCUCAGCAUUAGUUGA